UCCAGACGCACGGGGCGCACGCCGGGCCAAUCCACAGGCAGUAAAAGCAGGGCUUGGCUCGGACUGGAGCUGUCAGCACACAGACUUUAGACAGAACAAAACCGCUCAUUUAGAACCCAAUGUAAAUCAUUUUUACGGCACUUUGUACUUCGACUUUGAAGGCAAAUUAGAUACACAGCUAGAAAUGGCAGGCUCUGAAAAGGUGGACUCUCCGUUGAAAAGCCUCACCCCAAAGCUGCAGGAGGAGGUCGGGGAGUCCCCUGGUCCCGGCUCUAACCCGGAGUGUGCCAUCUGCCUGCAGAGCUGUGUGCACCCGGUGCAGCUGCCCUGCUGUCAUGUCUUCUGUUUCCUUUGCGUGAAGGGGGCGUCCUGGCACAGUAAGCGUUGCGCUCUCUGUCGUCAGGAGGUGCCCGAGGACUUCCUGGAGAGGCCUGUGCUUCUGUCCCCUGAGGAGCUCAAGGCUGCAGCGGCAGGACUGAGCCGUGGGCUGGGGGGUGGUGCUCAUAAGGACUAUGCAUGGUACUAUGAGGGGCGCAAUGGUUGGUGGCAGUACGAUGAAAGAACCAGCCGAGAGUUGGAGGAGUCCUUCUCCAAAGGCAAAAGCAGCACAGAGAUGCUGAUCGCAGGCUUUUUGUAUGUGGCUGAUCUGGAGAACAUGGUGCAGUACCGCCGCAAUGAGCAUGGGCGUAGGCGCAAGAUCAAGAGGGAUGGUGUUGAUAUUCCUAAAAAGGGGGUUGCUGGAUUAAGGUUAGACCCUGAGCCUGUACCCAGUACACCACCAGAUGAACGAGUACAUUUAGCUGAUGGCUCAGACACAACAGGCCAUCCCUUACCUGCUGCUUUACGCUUUAUGACGUCUGUUCCCCCUGUAAGACCCCCCACGCUCCUGGGACGUCCUGUGACCAGAAUACAUACUCCGACACCUACUUUAGAAGAGACUUUCUCCGAACUCCUGAUCAGCUCUCCAGAGGAGGAUGUAGAGGACGACUCCUCCAGCAGCAGUGAAGAGGAGGCAGACAGAGCUAGAGGAAGAGCACAGUCUCUCAGGCAAAGGAGGCACACACAGAGGGCGCUUAGUGAGACCCAGCCCUCCAGGAUGCCCCCUAGAGGAGCCCCACCCAGUGCUGCACCUGUGCGCUCACGCAGCCCUGACGGACAAUGCACUGUGACUGAAGUCUAACCCUCAGGAGCCAUCACAUCAGACCUGCCAAUGGCUUAUGCUUGUGUCACUAAAUGGGAAAUGACUGCUUUAAUUCUUAUGCUCGGGGUGGUCAAAACUCUUAAUCUUCUACACUCACUUUUUGUGUGUUUUUAGAUGUACUGUAUUGUAUAUUGCACUAUAUCAGACUCACCCAUGUGAUGUGAAAAUUAUUUAAAUUAUUAAUGAUUAAUUCAUUUAAGAUUCUUAUGGAGGUAUAAGUUCCCUUUGUUAGUUGUAGGGAAAAUGUCAAAAUGUUUACAUUUGUCUUCCAGUUGCUUUGCAGGCUCAGCUCAUUCAUAACUUGGCAGAUGAAGCUGUUGUUAAGUGGCUACCAAAUGAAAUAAUGAUUGGUUCUUUUUCCUUUAUGAUUCUCUUGGUAAAACAUUUAUGUGAAAGGCAAGAGAGAUUUCGUAAGAGGCUUGUUUUUGUAGCUGACUUCUAAUUGUGUUGUCAUGCACACAGCUUAUGCUGAAAGCGACUGGCAGAACCACUGGAAAGUAAAGACUAAAAUGUAGUGAGGCUGAUUUAGAUCUCUAUUUCUUCUCAUACUUUUUAAAAGGCUACCAUCAAAGCCCUGGCAUGGAAACAUAUUUAGAGUUGUCUUCUCUCACUCCACAUUUGCAGAGGUUGUCAUCAUUUGCUUAACGUGUUAAAUUAUUUGUGUGUGAAAUGACAUAAUCAUUUGAUGCUUCUCUUCUGACAAAUCAUUAAAGUGGUUUUAUUUAUCAUCA